AGGCUGCCGGGAGGGGCCUUGCCGGCCUGAUCGUGGUCUGGCAUCCAGGGAGCUAUGGAAAGGCUAUGAGCCAGUGUGAGGAUGAGCUCAUUUCUCCUUGAGGGGUAGAAAACCUGCAGGGCCACUGUACUCACCCAGCCUGGGGGUUCCAGGCACACCCAACACCCUUUCCUCCUCCCACCCUCAAGAUCCUGCCUCUCCAUUUCUUGGGUACAUCAUGUCAGUAUUCUGUGCCUCAGUGUCUCAUCUGUGAAAUGGGCGUGAAGCGGUGCCUGCUGUAGUGUCAGGGUGAGGACUCAGUGGCUGAUGUGCAGGAAGUACCUGGAGCCAGGCCAGCAGUCAGUGCCCACAUCCUCACUCCUCUCUGCCAUGGAGACCCUCUCCCAGUGGUGACCCCUGGCCUGGUUUGGAGAGGGCAGUGCUUUGCCCAGCAUGGGGCCCAAGGAGAUCCUCAGUUUCCUUUUCUGUUGGAUGGGGGUACAACUGCUCACCUCCCAGGGUGGCCGAGGCUUAGGGAGGAGCUGCACGUGGAACUCCGGCCUGGGUGGGCUCUGUUGGGGCAGGGCCGUGGGAAGCUCUCAUGUCUCUCCCGCCCCAUGUGCCCUGUGCCCCGUGUCCCUUCAUUUCAGGGCCCCCAUCAUUGUCCAGGGGUUGAGUCAGCUCACUUGCGGCUGUCAGCGCAAGGAACAGUAAACAAUUUUAAUGUGAAAAUGGCCUGAAUCUGUCAUCCCCAGGGCGUCUCAAGGCAGGGAAGUGGUGAGGAUGAGAUUGGGACGCAGCCCUCUGGUGCCAGCCACGUCUUCCUGCCCCUCACAGCCCUCAGGUUGAAGGUUCCUGGGGUCACAUUUGGCCCAAGAGGCCUGGUCCUCAGGGACACGCAAUUGUGCCCUGUAUACCAGCUGUCUGGGCUGCGCGUGGCCUCAGCUGCCCAGGGGAAGUUUGCUCCCUCAUUUCUGCUUUCCUGGCAGGUCCCGAGGCCAGCAGGGUCUGGGCCAAGUUCUAAAAGGCAACCCUAACAUGGUCGCAGGGCCACUCCUGGCCAGUGCUGAGUCGGAGGGAAGUGGGUCUGUCUGGCCCAGCUGCAGUGGGGACCCCGCCUGGCAGCACUUCCUGUUGUCUUGGGGUUCGCUGCCGGGAACACACACGUGGAUCUAGGAGACCCUCUCGGGAGCUGCAUCCUGGGCUGACUGCUGGGAGACGGUGCAGGGCUCCAGUGCCAGCCCCUACCUGUCUGUGUGGCAUCUGGGGAAUGGAUGGGCACAGCAGCUCGUGCCCCCACUGGUGGGUCAGACAAGGGAUGCCGGAGGCCCCAGGCGGGUCCUAGCAUAUGGUAGGUGGAAGGAGGGGUGCCUGAUUCUCAGGCCUUCCCACCAUCUGCUCAUGCCUGCUGAGUCCAAGGGUUAGGGCCGGGGAGCAGGACAGGCUGCAGGCAGCCAACGUCUAGACUGGGACCCCCGGCAGUUCAUCCCUGUUGCCCACCUGGGUCCCGGUUAGCACAGGAGAACCUGUGCCCCAGGCUGUCCUUUCCUGGCCGUGCCGCUAUUUUUGGAGCCUGUUCAGCUGCUUUUGAGUGGGUGGAGUUGGCUGGGGGGUAGUCUUUCAAAACAGUGAGAGCUAGGCAUCAAGGAAGAACACCCCAACCCUGCCACCUACUGCCAUGUGCUCCACCCGCCACCGGGCCUGAGAUCAUCCCAGUCAGUCCACUUCACAUCCUUGUAUGCCCAUUUUACAGAUGAGGAAACUGAGGCAUAGAAUGGUCACCCUACUGGUCAGUGUUGUGGCAGCUUCCAGCCCGGCUCCUCGCAGGCCCUUGGAAAGGGGGCAGCUGAUAUGCAUCCCCACAUUUGUGGGGCCACAGCCCCCCACCCUGUCUCCUCCCAGCCAAGCCCUGGGUGGUCUGGAGCACCCACUACGCUAUGGCCAGAGCCAGGCCUGUAGAUGCAGCAAGCCUGGUUCAUAUCCCACCGUGGUGCCAGCCCCUCCUGCCUGAGCUGAGGAUGCUCACUGAAGUGGCCCUAGGACCCACCGUGUGUCCCAGCCCCAACACUGUGCAGCCUGCAGUGGCGAGGCUGACCGUCCACAGAAGGGAGCAAGAGGAGGUGGCCACAGCCCUGCACAGAGCCUGCCUCCUCACCCAGCCUCCUUCCUAGCUUUCAAAGGAAAAAUACCUGGCCUGGCCCCAGGCCCCGGGUGCUGCUGAGGCUCUGGGGAAGUCCCGCUGGCCCUGGGAAUAUAUUAACGACGGUGUUUAUUCUCUGCACUGCCCAAGCCAUGGGCUCAGGUUUCGGCAGGGCUGGGCUCCUGGCAGCUUCUGCUGGCUGGUCAGGAUCACAGGGUUCCCUCCUCUGUGGUGGCUGGGUCCCCUGGCCAUCCUAAAGCCCAUCCCAAGACGGGCAAGUGCCCAGGAGUGGGGGAGAGUAGGGUCAUCCUCCCUGGGACCCUUCUAUGUGGUGAUCAGCUCCAGAGCCCCAAGGCCCAGAGCGCUGAGGUUAGGGACAGGGAAGCAGACCAGCCCUGCUGCCUUCCCUUCCAUGUGACACUCCCAAGGUGGCCUGCUGCCCGGGGUGGUUGCCAGCUACGCUGUAUCCUAGGGCAGCCCUACGCUUUGGGACACAGUCGUGGGAGGCGGCUCUGGGCAAACCUCCUCCGAGCUGCAGGCUGCUGGUCUGUUGAAUGGGUGAGGAACAUGGCCUCUCACUCGCCUGCAGAAAGUCGAGGCAUGGAUGGAUGCCCGUCUCCGCCCCUCCCUGCAGCCCUGUGGCACCCCGGCCUCCCAACCUGCAUCUUUCAUGAGUCUGGAAACAGGAUCUCCCAGAGCGGGCCCCAGGAGGUCGGCUGCCAGCAGUGGGUUCUUACAGCUGCCUCCGAGCAGCCACCCCGCUGGGGCUGGAGGCACAGGCCCAUCAACGUGAACCAUUACGCCAACAAGAAGAGCGCGGCGGAGAGCAUGCUGGAUAUCGCGCUGCUGAUGGCCAACGCGUCCCAGCUGAAGGCCGUGGUGGAACAGGGCCCCAGCUUCGCCUUCUACGUGCCCCUGGUGGUCCUGAUCUCCAUCUCGCUGGCCCUGCAGAUCGGCGUCGGGGUGCUGCUCAUCUUCCUCGUCAAAUACGACCUUAACAACCCGGCCAAGCAUGCCAAGCUGGACUUCCUCAACAACCUGGCCACGGGCCUGGUGUUCAUCAUCGUGGUGGUCAACAUCUUCAUCACGGCGUUCGGGGUUCAGAAGCCCUUGAUGGACAUGGCGCCCCAGCAGUAGGGCACCCAGGACCCUGGAUGCUGCUUGCCCUGCAACUCAGCUGCCCGACCCCAGGAGCCGCCGUACCCGUGAGGUGUCCACCUUGCUGCACAUGGCACUCCCCAGACUGCCAGAGCCCAGGCUGGCCUCAUCUCCACCAUGUCCCUGGACCAGCCCUUGCUCUGACUAUGGCUGGCCACCAUGGGGUAGGCCACUCGUGUCUCUUGGCUGCUGUUCCCAGGAGGCAGCUCCCUCCUGGCACAUGGGGGCUGGCCACAAUGGCCCAGAGGGUCAGAGCUGGCCAGCCCCAGAGACCUGUGCCCAGAGAAGGGUCUCGACCCACCCAAGGACACAGCAGUUCUGUUGGAUGGGUUGGAUGAGGGACCAGGGCCAGCCUCUGUCUCAGGACAUUCCAGAAGGACAAGGAGAUGUCUCUCCCUCUGCCGAAGCACCAGCGUCCCCAUCUCCCGUGGUCCCUGUCUGGGUUGCCUGGUGACCCCAGCAUCUGCCCGCUGCCUAACCCAGGGACCCUGGAGAGCCAGAGCUGCCUUUUGGCCCUGUGGUAGCCACUGGCUCUGGUCUCAAUGCCUGGGCUUGGUGACCAUCAAGAGGAAGCCAGCCAGACCUAUGAGGGCCGUAGACCCUGCGUAUACCCUGUACCAGCAGUGAACAGGCAGAGCCCAGCACCCACUUUUCUAAUUAUGAAUGACUAAUAAAGCCUACGUUUCUCAUCGGGCUCCA